AUGUCUGUUGUCAGCUGUCUUUCAGAAGACCUGAGGGUUCUGUCUUUCAGGUGAGGCAAGUCUGUGGGCACCAUGCCGACCGAUCUGGAGAAAGCCUUGAACUCCCUCAUCGAUGUCUACCACAAAUACUCCCUGAUAAAGGGGAAUUACCACGCCAUCUACAGGGACGACCUGAAGAAAUUGCUAGAGACCGAGUGUCCUGAUUAUAUAAAUAAAAAGAGUGCAGAAGCCUGGUUCAAGGAGUUGGAUAUCAACAGCGAUAAUGCAAUUAACUUCCAGGAGUUCCUCAUACUGGUGAUAAAGGUGGGCGUGGAAGCCCACAAAGAAAGCCACAAAGAGUAGCUGAGUUACUGGGCCCAGGGGCUGGGCCCCUGGACAUGUACCUGCAGAAUAAUAAAGUCGUCAAUACCUCAA